CCAGUUAAAAGGUGCUUUGAAAUGUGCUUUUUACAGCAACUGGCAAGAUAUCUGAAGAAAGUCAUGGGGAACCUUUUUUCUGCAAGAAAAAUGGAAUGCCAACUCGUUCCAAAAAACAACAGACCAAUCAUAGGGAUUCUGUCAGUGGAUUGUGACGGUCACUUUGCCGAAUAUGGUAAGUCAUACAUAGCUGCGUCAUACGUCAAGAAUAUCGAGAGCGCUGGUGCCCGCGUCGUUCCAAUACGUAACGAUUUACCAGCAGAAGAAUUGGAAUCUCUCAUUAAUAGCAUCAAUGGGGUGAUAUUUCCAGGCGGGGGAGCUAGUCUAGCAGACUCCGCUUACUUCAGCGCUGGCAAGAUGAUUUAUGAUUUGGCGAUAAAGGAAAAUGACAAUGCGAAGGAGCCGUUUCCCUUGUGGGGAGCCUGCCUUGGUUUUGAGAUGCUGCAUAUCAUCAUAUCAGGGUUAAAAAAGGAGGAUAUGUUGGUGUCAUGUGAUGCAGAGAAUUAUUCUAUUCCUCUGGAAUUCACUGCAGAUGCGUAUACAAGUCGCAUGUUUAGUUCUGCUCAAGAUGGAGACAGAGUAAUGAAUAUUCUCAAAGAACAGGCUGUAACAAUUAACAUGCAUCAGAAAUGCGUGCCACCUGAGAAAUUCUAUGCAAAUAAUAACACUGUUGGAUUCUUCAAAAUCCUUUCAACCAACAAGGACCGGAAAGGAGUGGAAUUUAUCUCCACCGUUGAAGGCAAGAAGUAUCCCAUAUACGGAACACAGUGGCAUUCGGAAAAAUGUCAGUUUGAGUGGACACCAAAAGAAGUGAUUGACCAUUCAGCAGACGCUGUCUUUGUUGGACAGUAUAUGGCAAAUUUUUUCGUUAAUCAAGCUCGACAGAACACCCAUCACUUUGCAAGCGAGGAGGCAGAAGAAAAGGCCUUGAUUUACAAUUAUAAUCCAAUUGAUACUUCAAAGAUAUCUUCUUUUGAACAGUGUUAUUUCUUUUAAGUACCUUCAUUUUACACUGGCUGCGAUUUCCUUUGCUCAAUUUAGCACGAAAGAUACAGGUCUAGGUCUUUUCCGAGAAAGUUUUUCAGAAACUGUAGUUAGUAACACAAGUAAGCGCAGUCGAUGACUACAACUGUAAGGUUUUUGGUGAUUUGAAUCACACACAAAGUAACGGUGUUUACCCGUUAACCCCUAACAGUGACUAGUAUCUAAUAUCUCCUUACAAUAUCACCCCUAAAUCGCACACUUGUCACGAGAAUAAAGGAAAUGAUCACAAACUUGGGAGGCUCUUGAUUGUCGAACAAAUUUUCCUUAAAAAGAUAUAGAGACUAUCAUGGAGAAUAUGUAUACUGGUGUUGUGAUGUAAGUUUAUUCACUAGUUGAAAAUAUUUGUAUUGUAUAAUGAUGUACAUGUAGGAAGAAUUAAAGUGAAACAGUCAUCAGAAUGGGAUAACACUAUAACCUCUCCCAUCAGGCGCGCAUUAUAGCUUGUUAUAGGAGUUUCUCAUAUCAUUUUACUGAGUUGCCAGUGCUCAUUAAUUUUUAUUCGCUGAUGGAACAAGAACUAAGCAAAAUAAAGCAAAGUUCUUCUUUCCGUCUCUCUGCUGUUAUUGUACCCACGGCAAAAAAAUCAAAUAUUCUCUUUGGCAACAAGAAGUUGGUU